AUGUUCUUCAGAGAUGCUGAUAAAAGAGGAGUUGUUGAUGUUAAGUUAACACUCAUAACCGUUACUUCUCCUUGGAAAACUAUUAGCUACAAAAACCUUACUUUAAUCAAAGUUGAAAGCAUCUCAGAUGGAUACGAUGAAAGAGGAUUAUCAGCAACAGAAAGCUUAGAUAUUUACAAAGAAACCUUUUGGAGAGUUGGAUCAAAAUCAUUUUUCGAGCUUCUCCAAAAAUUGUCCACCUCAGAAACUCCACCAAGUUGUGUUAUCUUUGAUGUUUUUUUUUUGCCUUGGACUCUUGAUGUUGGUCAAAGCUUUGGGUUAUUCGGAGUAUGGCUGAAAUCGGAAAGCUUUAAUGAUUACGGUUUUGACGCAGAAAAUGGUUCUCUAAAAGGUGUUGUCAACAAGGUUUUCUUCAGAUCAGCUAGAGAGAGUGAUGGACAUGGAACACACACAGUUUCCACCAUUGUAGGAUUCAUUGUUGCUAAUGCUAGCUUAUUCGGCAUUGCCAAAGGAACAGCUAGAGGUGGUGCUCCAAGUACAAGGCGUGCUAUCUACAAGGCCUAUGAUGCCAUUCAUGAUGGUGUUGACAUACUUUCCCUCUCCUUUGGUCCUAAUCCUCCGCAGCCGAAUUACUUCGAGGACGCGGUCAGUAUUGGAACAUUCCAUGCUUUUCAAAAGGAGAUUCUUGUUUCUGCUUCUGCUGGAAACUCCGUGUUUCCUCGAACGGCUUGCAAUGUUGCUCCUUGGAUCCUUAUCGUUUCCGCUAGCACUGCAACUAGAGUUUCUGGAGUUCCAGCAACAAACGCUAGCCUCUGCAAUAACAAUACUCUAGAUCCUACCUUAAUCAAUGGAAAAAUUGUUAUUUGCACAAUUGAAACAUUCGUUGACAAUAGAGAAGAAAAAUCCAUACUACUAAAGCAAGGUGGUGGUGUUGGAAUGAUACUUAUCGACCAUAAUGCCAAAGAAGUUGGUUUUCAGUUUGUUAUCCCAACCACUAUUAUUGGACAUGAUGUUGUAGAAGAGCUUCAAGCAUACAUAAACACAGAUAAGAACCCCAUUUCUAAAAUCAUCCCAACAAUAAUUGUUGUUGGUACCAAACCUACUCCAGAAGUAGCAGCUUUCUCUUCCAUGGGGACAAAUAUAAUAACACCGGAUAUUAUCAAGCCUGUUAUCACAUGA